GCAAACAAUUUCAAGGGAUUUCACAACUGGUACCAGUUCUUGCUUGAGCAACAGAGAAACCCAACUCAGACGAGGAAUAUCGCUUUCAACACACGCGGAAAUCGGCCGGCUUUCGUGGGGAAUAGACUGGUUAGUUAUUAUUUCAUUCAGAGUGGAAAUAUCUACCAAAAAAUCUGUGAAGCCAUACCUUCCUGCAAACCUUAGAUUUAAUUUCGAUUGGUACUCUCUUUGUGUUCGUAAAUGCAAUAUUGAUUGAUUGAUUCAUUCAUUCAUUCAUUCAUACCGGCGUUAAAGGAAGGUGGUGUAGGAUACAAGCGUAUAGUGUCAAUCACACUAUUCUACUUGAAUGUUCAUGUUCAAAAAGGCACCAAGAGAAAAAUGCUUCGAAAUAAUCCGAACUAAGCAGGCUUUCAGCGCUGGCUAAACAAGAUGCCGUAACGUAAUCUUAGCCUACUGCUCGUGAUGUCGUAAGUGUUAUGCAAUUAAAAGUCCGUUACUCCAAUUUUCUUCACUGAGGAGUGGUGUUAGGCUGCAUACCUCCGUUGGGUUUGUACCGUUGUGAUCCUAAUUGACACCAUAAACAUUUUUGUGCCCUUGACAGCCGAUUGCUGAAUUUUAAAAACAAAGAGGUAAAUACUUAGUUUCCCACUUACAUUCUUAUUUACAGCCAUAUUUUAUGCGUGGACUAACAUUCAGAUGGAGAGGGGUGAACAAAGCACCACAGGGCAGCACCAGCUGCAUGUUCGUUGGAACCAGCCCAGCAUUUGAUUUGGCCAUGUUUACUGCUUGUGUAUUGAUAGGACGUGCGCCAGGAGUAGGAGUAAUAGGAGGAAACGGCAAUAGAGUAACAGACUGUGAAUGCAACAUCCAUGUACCAGCCCGAAGUUUACCGCAGAGCCUGAUACAAUUUAAGACCGUCGAGAACCCACAGAAUGAAAAGGUCGUUACAGCCUAUCCAACCAAUGUUCGAUAA